AUUGAGAUGGAAUUAUUUCAGAACUUCCGAAAAUGUAAAUGAGUGAAACAAGGACAGCCUGAGUCCUGGAAAGAGAAUCUACAUCGGAUUUAAUUAAAUCUCUAGAAAAUGGACGAUCAUCAUGAUGAUAAUAUUCAGGUGGAUGGGUGUAGUCUCAGUUUUAUAACUUCAAAAAGUGAACGGUUAAUCUUUACCUGGCCCAUCAGAGGAUUUAGUGAGCUGACAACAAGUAUGAGCACCCCCUUCUUCAACUUCAUGGAGGAAGAGCUCACAGACUCCGUCAAGUGGAAGGUCAAACUCAUUCCAAUGGACGUAGAUGGUCAAGGGAACUCAGUAGUAACAGCCCAGGUGUUCAUUGGACACAAAGAUGCUGAUCCUGCACAAGGAUUUAAGGUUACAAUAUCUAUUGCUAUUCGAACAGUUGACAGUCAAGAGGUUUACAAGGUUGGAAGCUCUAUUUACUAUCUGGCGAGAGAACGGUAUCCUGAUGGUGGAACUCCGAGUUAUAAGGCAACUCUUCUACCUUGGCAAGAAUUAAUAGAUAACAACAGUUCCCUUUUACCCAACAAUAUUUUAACUCUAGUCGUCAAACUCAGAUAUUCAUUCACAGAGGUUUGUGUAAGAGAAGAUGGGAUUAAAGAUGAUUUUUUAAACCCUCCAACUUCACUCAGUAAUGACUUAGGAGAAGCAUUAAAAAUGGCAGAUUUCACCGAUAUGACAAUUGUUUGUGAUCAGAAGGAAUUCCAUUGUCAUAAGUUUAUUCUUGCAGCCAGAUCUGAGGUUUUUGCUGCUAUGCUCAGGCAUGAAUUCCUGGAAAAACAAAACUCAAGAGUUGAUGUUAAGGAGAUAGAUUCUGAGACUAUGGAGCUGUUGUUGAACUAUAUCUACACAGGUCAGGUUCAGGACUUCAACAGGGUCUCAGUGGUCGACCUUUUCAAAGCUGCAGACAGAUACCGGUUAGAUGAUCUUAAGCAUUUAUGUGAGGAAGAAUUGAUAGAAAGAGUUGAGGCGAGUAAUGCCGCUGAUAUUCUCUCCUUGGCGCACAAGUAUAAUGCACAGCCUCUCAAAUCCUUCAGCUUGGCCAUGAUCUCGAGAAACGUUGAGGAGGUAAUGAGAUCGCCUGGUUGGAAGGAAUUAAUACAAUCAGAUCAAACACUUCUCAUGGAGGCGUUUGAUAGUUUAGCAAGGUAUAACACUGAACUAAAGAAUAAACUGGAGAAAAAUGCUUAAUUAAACUUCCUGACCUCAUUGCCUGGCUACCAUCAUCAUCUUAAUAUCAGGCUCCCAACAUAGACUUUAGAUAUGCGAGGGUCACCAUCAGAUCUCCAUUAUUUCAGAAAUUUUCAAGACCAAUAUCAGAUUUUCAACAUUCGAGUCCCAACAUCAGAUUCAUCGUUAGAUUUCCAUAUGUUCAAUACCACCAUCAGCUUUCAAUUCAAACAUUCGAGUCCCACUAUGACCAAUAGAUUUCCAACAUUCGAGUCCCACCAUAUUCUAUUCACUUAAGUCUAUCAGUACCAACAUCAGAUUUCCAUUUUUCGAUUAGAUUAGCAUUAGAUUUCCAACAUUCGAGUCUCACCAAGCCCAGUAGAUUUCCAUACUUAUCAGACUUCCAACAUUCAAUUGUUACCAUCAGAAUUCUUAAUUUUGUUUUAAUGAAUCCUAUUUUUUAGGAAUAAAAUUUAGUGAUAAAUGUUUUUCAUCCUUGUUAUUAUUUGGAUAGAUCUCUCUACUGCAUACAGGG